AAAUCGCGAUGCCGUAGAUGAUGCAACUUGCCCACAGAUUGUCGAAAUUAUCUUCUAUAAAACUAUCAAAAUCUGACAUAUCGCAACAAUAUAUAUCAUUUCAAGAUUGGCAUUAAAGAGAAAUGAUGGCUUCCGUUGAAAAGUUGGAAACUAUGAGUCUAACUGAGAGAUAUACCUCCGAGAAGGAGGGUUGUGAUACUUCUGGAGAUGGGACUGAAGCUAAGCCUUUCAAGACCAUCAUCCAAGCCAUGAGACAUGUUGGAAAAGAACCCUUUCCCAACAUCUAUGUAGACGCCAAGCCUGACCCAGAUGCUGCUGAGGGACAAGGGGAUGGCAAGAGAUGGGAUCUUGCCGCCAAGUCACAGUUGAAAAAGGUCACAAAAAUCUGGCAACGAGAACAGCAGAAGUCUAAGGAGAAGGAGAAGAAAGAGGCAGAAGAUGCGGAACGUAGGAAGAAGAACUUGGAUGAAGCCAAGGGCAUUGUUAUUGAAGAAGAUAAAAGCCUUCCACAGGCUACUUUGGUCAAAAUCCGUGAUACGGAGGCGUAUCGAGACAAAAGAAUCAAAGUAAAUGGAUGGGUCCAUCGUCUUAGGAGACAAGGAAAAGCCAUGAUGUUUGUAGUGCUUCGUGAUGGUACUGGUUUCCUCCAGUGUGUCUGUAGUGAUAAGCUAUGUCAAACAUACGAUGCCUUGGUGCUCUCUACCGAAUCAACAGUUUGCAUGUACGGAACACUCAAAGUUGUGCCAGAGGGAAAAACAGCACCAGGUGGUCAUGAGCUUGACGUAGAUUACUGGGAGUUGAUAGGCCUUGCCCCUCCUGGAGGUGCUGAUAACCUGCUCAACGAGGAUGCCCAUGUAGAUGUACAACUGGAUAACAGGCACAUGAUGAUCAGAGGAGAAAACACUGCCAAGAUAUUGAAGAUGCGCUCGAUUCUAAUGAAAUGUUUUAGGGACCACUACUAUGACAGGGGAUACUUUGAGGUUACCCCACCUACGAUGGUGCAAACUCAAGUUGAAGGCGGCAGUACUCUAUUCAAAUUGGAUUACUUUGGUGAAGAGGCGUUCCUCACCCAAUCUUCGCAGUUAUAUCUAGAGACGUGUAUACCUGCAAUAGGUGAUGUCUACUGUAUUGCUGAAUCAUAUCGUGCGGAAAUGUCUAGAACUAGGAGACAUUUAGCAGAGUAUACCCAUAUUGAAGGAGAAUGUCCAUUCAUCAGCUUUACAGAUCUGCUCGAGCGACUUGAGGACUUAGUUUGUGAUACAGUAGACAGAGUCAUCAAGUCUCCACAUUCUUCUCUGCUAUAUGACCUUAACCCUGACUUCAAACCACCCAAGCGACCAUUCAAACGCAUGGAAUACAUUGACGCAAUCAAGUACUUGAAGGAACACAACAUUACUAAGGAUGAUGGGACAUUCUAUGAAUUUGGCGAGGAUAUACCAGAGGCACCUGAGAGAAGAAUGACGGAUGAAAUCAACGAACCAAUCUUCCUCAUACGAUUCCCAGCUGAGAUCAAGUCUUUCUACAUGCAGAGGUGUGCUGAUGAUACGAGGCUAACAGAAUCGGUGGAUCUACUCUUGCCUGGUGUUGGUGAGAUUAUUGGUGGGUCAAUGAGGACAUGGAAUGAACAGGAGUUGUUAGAGGGAUAUGAAAGAGAAGGCAUUGAUCCUACACCUUAUUAUUGGUACACUGAUCAGCGAAAGUAUGGUACUUGCCCACACGGUGGAUAUGGUCUUGGUCUUGAGAGGUUCCUUACGUGGCUACUCAACAGACAGCACAUACGAGAAGUCUGCCUCUACCCAAGAUUUGUCGAACGAUGCAAGCCCUAGAUUCUCUGCAUUAUAUUCAUAAGGAAUAGAAUUGAUAUGAACUUUAAAUAAGAUUCCUUAAUCAAAUGAGCACAUACAAGAAGUCUGCCUAUACCCAAGAUUUGUGGAACGAUGCAAAUCUUGGGUUUCAAUUUCAGUUUAUUUUCAAUCAAAUGAUUGUUGGUUAAAACAAUGUGCUAUGAUGUCUUGAUAUUUAGGCCAUAUUUAUUUCAGUAUUUCUCUCCUCUUUGUAGCUUUCUGUGGAAUGCUUUUAGCAAUGUUACAUUAUCCUGAUCAAGGUCACCAACAUGAUUGAUCUAAUAAAGUAUAUCAAAGAUA